AUGGAGUACGUUGAAGAAUUGGAAAAGAGCACCUCCUAUGCCUGGUCAACAUUCUUUAUGGAAGAGCUGAUCAAGCAAUUGAACACCAAUUUUAAAUCUAAAACACCACAAAAGACCGGAGGAUGCAUAACAGGACUCUUGUAUUGGUUGUGUGAGCACGUACACUUGGUAAACCAAGGAGAUCCAACAAACUUCCCAAGGUUCAUCAAGUGGAGGCUUGGCGACCUCGGUGAGGCGUUGGUGAAAAACCCGUUGGGUGUUCUUGAUUCAUCGAUGGUGAAUGACUCCGAGUUGGAGGCAACUGAUUUGGAGAAAGAGUUGCUCCAAUUUGUUGAGGUGCCAGAAGAUGAGGAUGUGAAGUUGGAAGAUCAGGAGGAUACAGAUACAGACGGUGAUGAUGCGAACCAUAACGAUGCAAAUAAAGAGCUUCAAAAGGAAAACGAAAUCCUCCGAGACGAAGUCAAGAGGUUGACAGAGGAGAAUCAGCAAAAGGAUGCUACAAUUGCCAAGCUUCAGCAAAAAAAUUUGCAGCUUGAAGACGAAACAGUUCCUGACCUUGGAUUUGAAGUCAAGGUCGCACAUGUUGAGAGGAAUUUCAUGGUGAGAGAGGUUCAAAAUAAGGAAGUGGAGAACGACUUUAUAGCUGGAAAACUAGAGAAAACACAUGAAAGUAUCCACGACUUGGCUACAUAUUGUAUUACCCAACAAUUUGAGGAACUGAAUCCUCAACCUCUCAAGCGUGCUUGCAGUUUCCAUCAAGCAGACCCUGUGCGAAUUCUUCUCGAAACUCCACCUGUUGAGAAGGAACCUGCAGCUAGUCCAGCUCCUCUGCUCGCUUACCCUUCUACAGACCCUCCAAAUACCAGAUGUUUGAAAAUGAUGGUUACAGAGGGUGCUUCUUCUAAAAUGACCUCCGUUCAAUAUCCUUCACCUGACAAGGCUACAAUCCCACAGGUCAUGACCAUAUCUUCUACCGGGCUUGAUCGACAGCUUGUUCAGGCAAGCCAGACUCCGGAAGCAACUGUAAAGGCAGAUGGAGGAGAAGGUCUGGAGUCCUUCUUUGGCUCUCUUAUUAUGAAGACAACUACCCCAGCUGCUUCUGGGGCCUCAGGCAGUGCCACUACUUUGGCCAUUGACCCUCCACCUUUGACUGCGGAGAUUGAAACGGCCAAGACCACCUUCAGAUCCCUCCUCCAUCUGUCAUUCCCCGGUAUCCUUGAUAGUUCAGAAUCUUUAGAUACCUUUGAAAAAUCCCUAGACACCCUUGUCAGGUCACAAGCCUUGGGCCGUGAUCUCCAGCCAGCCUUGCUGCUGUUCAAGAUUGCCUUUCCCAGCCUCAGCCAGACUUAUACUUCUACUAAGCAAAGCAAGGCUGAGGUUAAUAAGCAACUCCAGCGAGCUGAUGUUCUUAGUGCCAAAUUUAAGGAAGAGCUAGAAUGCUACCGGAAACUGAAGAUAGAGGAAGAGGAUGCCCGGGCAGAGAAGAAAGCGGUCAAGGAUCAGAUUUCUAUGCUUCAACUUAGGCUUUCUCAACUUGAUGACAAUCUGAAAGAUCUCUCCUCACAAAAGGAAAUGCUCUACCAGACCAUGGAGGUCCAUCACAGUACAUACGAGAAGAUGGACAUACACUUGUUAUCUUUCACCAAGAGCAAGCUAGAGGCUGAGCUGGCUGACAUCGAGAAGGCCUGGGUGAACCUUAUGUCAAGAUUUGGCAGCGUGCAACAGAACAGUUAAUUUUGUUUUGCCAUUGUGGAUAUGGCUUUUGGAUAUCAGGUAAUCGGACAAGUAAAGCAGAAGCUUUUGUUGGCAGACUCUAGCGAGUCGCCACAUGUCAUCUUCUAACAUGUUAGAAUUAUGGCUUAGCAAAAAAAAAAAAGCAUGUUAGAAUUAUGCCUGUUGUAAUUACCAGAAUCUAAGAAACAUCUCUCUCUUAGCCUUCUCCUCUUCCUCUCAUGUUCUUCUUCUUCAGUUUUUCUAUUUCUCCAUAAUCUUCUGUGUCUCUUUUUCUUGCCUCGCAUGGUAUGUUACUUAUGUUUUUGUUUGAAAGAUUGUUGGUGUUAUUGUUGUU